UCUAUGGGGUACACAGAUUUUAUAUGUAAUUUUACUUUUCUGGUUCCAUAAAUAUGCAGCACAACUAGCAAUUAUGUAUAAUCUCACUUGAGUAAUCCAUUUUCCACUUAAGUUGACUUUCAUCUCCAAGUUCUGAAAUGUCACUUCCACUUCCAUUCCGCACUUUCUUCUUGUUGAAUGUCCUCUCCGCUCUGUUCUUUCCCAAUCCAACACUGCAGACAGCUCUGGUAACACCCAUUUCCAAAGACAAAUCCACCAAUCUCUUCACCCUCUCCGUCUUCCUAAAAACUCCUCUUCGCCCCACCAAACUGUACCUCGAUCUCGGCUUCUUAUUCCCCUGGACGGUCUGCGACGCCAACUAUAACUCUUCCUCUUUCCGCGAAAUCACCUGCGACCCCGCUUUCUGCGCCACACUCGGAUUCGGAGGACUCUCCUGCAACAAUUGCACCGACUUCAAUCCUCCAAACCCUAAUUGCGUACCCGCCAAUUUGGUUUGCGGUUCUUUCCCUGAAAACCCAGUCACCAUACGCGCUACUUCAGACGUCGUCCUCAUCGACACGCUCGCAUUACCAACCACUCCGGGCCCGGGCCCAGGCCCAUUCGUUCUCCUCCCCAACUACACCUUCUCUUGCGCUCACUCCACACUACUCAAGGGUCUACCCAAAAAUGUAAUGGGCCUAGCCGCGUUGGGCCGGUCCAAUCUCUCUUUCCAGGGUCAGAUCAGCGCUGCUCUUUCCUCUCCGCGUUGCUUUGCGCUUUGCUUUCCCGCGUCUUCAAAAACUCCAGGUGUCGCUUUCUUCGGCUCCACUGGGCCCUACUAUGUUUUUUCUUCUCCUUCUUCCAAAAUUGACCUCUCUAAAUCGCUUAUUUACACUCCCCUCAUUCUCAACCCCGUUGGCGUUGGAGACACCGUUAUCACCUACGGCGGUAAUCCCCCGUCUAAUCAACACUUCAUUGGUUUGACUUCUAUUAAAAUCAACGGCAAUAAUGUUCCCAUCAAUGCAUCUUUGUUGACCAUUAAUCAGGACGAUGGUUUCGGUGGGACUAAGAUCAGCACCGCUACUCCUUACACUGUGUUGGAGUCUUCCAUUCACAAAGCGUUCACGGAGUUAUUCGUGAAGGAAGCUUCUUCCCCUGCUUUCAACCUCACCGUAACUGUCCCUGCGAAGCCGUUUAAUGUGUGCUACCCUGCGGGAGACCUCACGGUAACGCGUGUGGGUCCCCUGGUGCCGACAGUUGAUCUCGUGCUGCAUGCGCACGAUGUGUUUUGGAGAAUCUCGGGAGGCAAUUCGAUGGUGAGGGUUAGGAAUAAAAGGAAGGGCGUGGAUUUGUGGUGUUUGGGUUUUGUGGACGGUGGGGUUAAUAAGAAAACUCCAAUCGUAAUCGGAGGGAAGCAGCUGGAAGAUAAUCUUGUUCAGUUUGAUCUUGAAUCUAACAGAUUGGGAUUCACGUCUUCGCUCUUGUCUCGCUCGCUCUCGUGUGCUGAUUUCAACGUCACUGAUUUCGCAGAUAACGGAAAAUAG